GAGGAGUUUUUGAAAAAAAAAAGGGGAGAGCCGUUUUGUUUUAUUGUGGAAAUGCAAUGCAAAAGAAUUUAUUCUUAUCCACUUCAAAGGGUUCUUUGUUACUUAACAAAGUCUCUGCAUCUCAGAUUUUCUCAUUUGAUAAGGUGAUUUCCAAGCAACAUUUCCCCCCCCUUGGGAGAAUGAGAGGAAACCUUUUGUUUAAGGAAAAAUCAUUAUAUCUAAUGAGAUUUUACAUAGAGGUGGGCAAAUAGUUUACUUUGGUCUGCUAAUACAAACGAAGAGUAUCCUGUGGGUUGUGCCUACUGUAGUCAAUUCAGAUUCUUAGUUGGCAGCAACUUUUAACUUUGAAAACUUUGUGUUGGCAGUUAGAAACUAAUCAGCUUCUCUUUCCUUAGGAAACCAAUCCAGAUUAUUAAAGUAUUCUCCAUUGCAUAAUUACACCCAAGACUGAUGCUACAGUAUUAUUUCCACAAUACUUACUUCAGUCUCUCGAACAGUCCAAUGUUACCUGAACACUCAACAGAGGGGUUUUGUGUCCAGCAAAUCACCAGACAUCAUUCCUGACUUUUCUUUUUCUUUUGUUCUUUCUUUUUUAAAAUGAGACUGAAGACUUCUAGGACUAAUAUUCUCUCAGUUACAGACAUUUGUAAGGCCAAUGUUCCACAACUUUCACAAAAAAGUUAGUAAUAAUCCUCUGAUGGUUCAUUUGCUCCAAUGGAAAACUUCAUUACUUGCCUCAAAUAGCCACGGGGACUUUUGACACUGUGAUAAAGAUACUAAAUCUCUAUCUCACAAACUCUGUUUAAAAACAGGAGUUCUUUUAUACCUUUUGUCAGUCAUGGGUCCCUCUGGCUCUAGGAACCUAUGAACCUUUUCUCAGAAUCAUAUUUUUAAAUGCAUAAAAUAAAACACAUAGGAUGAUAAAGGAAACUAAUUAUAAAAUAUAACACAAUUAUCAAAAUAUUUUUUCAAAUAACAAGUUCACGGACCUCAGGUUUAAAGGCAAAGGACUCCUGGUUUAAAGGCAAAUUCUUUCCUUAAACACAAAACACUCACAUAAUGCAAAGAAAACAUUAAAAGUGAAUCCUUAUGCAUGGAGGCACACACAAAACACAUAGGGAGUGAGUAGCAGGGUAGGUCUGAUAAAAAAAAUUUCCUUUUUCAAAUCCUUUUGACUUGCAAAAAGAAAAAAAAAAGCAUAGGCACUAAAUAAAGUGACCAGGAACCCUUAUCACUUAAAUUUAUUUAAAUGAGAAACUACUUUCUGCAAACUUGAACCAAUAGGACAUCAACAUGACCUUGGCCACACCUUGGAAUGACUGGUUUGCAGCAUUAUUUCCCUAUCCUUUUCUGAAACCUAUUCAACAUGAUACCAAACAAUAGUAACUGGCAAGCGUCCUUCUAUAUACACAAAGAAAAAAAAUAUUUCAGAGCUUUGCAUGUGAUAACACAAAGUGUCACACUUCUAUUCACAGCAACUGACAGAACUUAGCUCAGACAGUACCCACACUCACUGCACUCCACACUACAAUAUGGCUUUAGUUUUCAGAACGGUGGCACAAUUAGUCGGACUUUCAUUCUCCUUCCUAGGAUGGAUUUUAUCCUGUCUCACAACUUAUUUGCCACAGUGGAAGAAUCUCAAUUUACAUCUAAACGAAAUGGAGAACUGGACCAUGGGACUCUGGAAGACUUGUGUUAUUCAAGAAGAAGGAGGGAUGCAGUGUAAGGAUUUUGAUUCAUUUUUGGCUUUGCCUGCUGAGCUGAGGAUCUCCAGGAUUUUAAUGUUCUUAUCCAAUGGGUUUGGAGUGCUGGGCCUGCUGACAUCCGGGUUUGGUUUGGAUUACUUGAGGACUGGAGGAGGGCAAAGGAAGCUCAAGAAAUGGCUGAUGAUCCUGGGAGGAAUUCUGCUGUGGCUAUCAGGAAUCACAGCCCUCAUCCCAGUGUCCUGGGUUGCCCACGUCACAGUUCAGGAAUUUUGGGAUGAGACUAUUCCAGACAUUGUCCCCAGAUGGGAGUUUGGAAAAGCUCUCUUUGUUGGCUGGUUUGCUGGAUUUUUCCUUGUUAUUGGAGGGUCCUUCCUUAAUUGUGCAGCCUGUUCUACUCAAACAUCUCCAUCAUUCAAUCAUUACACAGUGGCAGAAAUUCAAGAUCCAAGUCAAAAUCUGGAGAUGAAAAAUACCCCUGUGAAAAUCUAAGAUAAAGGGACCAGGCUCUCUUAAAACUUUUAUGCAAGAUACUUGUUCAGCUCUGGAUGGGCUACGAUUAUCUGCUCUAUGGCCAACCACCCAUUAUGCUUUUUAAUUUUCUAAAAUGCAUUCUUCCUUUGGCCAUUAGGGCUUUAAGCCACAAUCUUCUUCUGAGGCUGAAAAACCAUUUUCAUCUUCCAUCCCGAGACCAAAACAAUCAAGACUUAAUAGUGACCAUUCUCAUUACACGUGAUGAGUUCCUCUUAAUUUUAUAAUACUUCUGGUGAUUGCACUGAACUGGUAAAUAAAACAUUAUAUUAGUGUUUGACUAUAUUUAAGGGUAUUCACCAAAUACCCACCUGAAAUGUGCCUGCUAAUCAUUGCAGCACCCUGUGUUUUCACAUGACCUUUUACAAUGAAACCACAGUCUAAGGUCCGUUGCACAAAUGUUUUCUUUAUAUCAGUGCCAAAUUUUUUCCCCCAUAUCCAAAAACAUUUUCUGCUCCUAAAAGCUUAAAGAGGAGGGGAGAUGUUUGAUGAAUUUUUUUAAUCUACUAGAGGCUUCAGUGCCUGUGUUUUUAUGUUUACAAAAGAGCCGGUCACUUUUAUCAACGCUUCCCAACAUGCUGAGAACAGAGAAGGACAAUGAUAGGAUAUGCAAGGGAUCGAGUUGCUACUGAAGACUGAAGAAAAAAACUGUUCGAGAGUCCAUCAAGUGAAACACAUUUCGCUGGUAGUUUCCACCGGUCUCCAUUUAAGGGUCUGUAUCACAACCCACCACUUACUAUAGUGCAGCUCUCUGUGACAUUUGCAGAACAAUACUGUACAGAGAACACCCGAGCCCUGGAUAUACCUCCAUGGGUUGUGCCAGUUUGUAAUUAGUUCUGUUAUAAAGCUCAUUUUCUGAAGUCUUUUGCUGACUCUCAGAAUGAAAACAUGCCUAAAGAUGUUGUAUUCCCUAUCAGUAAUUCACAUUGACCUAUGAAGAACUAUUCAAAAACAAACUGCUGGCAUGGGGAAUUUUUAAUAAACACAUCCAUAUUUGCCAUGUAAAGAUUUCAUGCAGACCCUUUUGCCCCAGCCAAAGAGGGAGAAUUUAUCUGUCUAAUCUGAUGCUGGAAUAAAAUAUCAGGCAAAGAGUAUCUUUGUUAAAAACUUGUAUUUUUUUUCCCGAUCACAAACACAUGGAAAGUGCAGAGACAAAAGUUAAUCUAUGUGAUGUAUUUGCAUACUUUUACAAACAAGACAAAUUAGAACAGAAAACACAUUCAGAAUUUAACCUGAUUAAAUAUUUAGUUCAGUCCUGAGCAUUUGAUAUUUAAUACAAUAUAGAUAAAGCAAUAGCAAAAAAAAAAGAUUUUUAAAAUUAAUUGAUUUGUAGUCUACAAAAUUCAGCUAAAGUUUGUUCAUUUGGCUAAUAAUAAUAUUGUUCUUGUACCUGUAAUACUUAGAUUCUGAUAUGCAAAACUGUAAUAACAUACUGAUAAUCGAAACAUGAAAUCUAAAUAUUAUAUUCGUUACACUCUUUCAAGAGUAAAUUCUACUUUUUAAAUAUUUGUAAGAUUAAAAUUCAUGUUUAUCCAUUUUUUGAUCAAUUGACUUUUUUUCACUGUGAAUAAUUUGGGUUAGUACAAAAAUAACAAAAUUGUUAAAAGCUGCCCAUAAAUACGUAUGUAACACUAUGGCUGAUUUUCAAAGUGAAGGAGAAGGGAUAUGUUAAAAAUGUUUGCCUUUCAUUUGUAAAAUGAGCAAAUUUUGAAAAAUCUUUUUUAAAAAUCUUGAUCUUGGCCUUACCUAUUAACAAUUAGCCUGAGAUAGUUUUUACUCUUUACCACCCCUCCAAAUCUUUUUUUUUAAAUCAUAUAUAAUUAAUAGCUACUAUGGGAGGAUUCAUAAAGCUAAAAAUGAUCUGAUAUGGUCUCUUUCAUGUCAGAUAUUUUAAAUGGCCAGAACUGAACUAUAUUAAGCAGAACAUAAAUAAGACUGUAAAUAAAUAAAUGAAGAAAAUAAAAUCAUACAGCACAACUACACAUCCUUCUAAACACAUUUUACAGAAUCAGACUAAGAAGCUGAAAAUAGAAGACCUUCAUUUAACUUCAUAUUAAAUAAACUUCAAAACUUCUGCAGUUCACAUUUGACCUUACAAGGAUGAAUGGUAUUUAUUUUUGUUGGUUUUCAUAUAUCUUAAAAAGACAGAAUUAAGUGGGCAACCUUGGAAAAUCUUAGUUCACUCACUUAUUCAAAGCAAUCCAGUAUGUCUUUUUUAAAAAAACAAUUUGCAUCACUUUGCUUUGAAUGUACUGGUACAACAGCUUAAAACUAUGGCUAAGUGAUCUUUGUGCACAAGUUACAGGUACAGAAUUUGCUGGCCUCGAUCACACACUCUCUCUCUCUCUCUCUCUCUCUCUCUCUCUCUCUCUCACACACACACACACACACACACACACACACACACACACACACACACACACGUUCUUUUCAAGAUAAGUUACUUGUUUGUAAGGAUGCUAGCUUACGAAUAAAAGCACUGGUUCAGAACCACCCUGAACAGGAAACUUUCUUUUUCUUGAAUGUGAUUUUACAUCCCAGAUAAAACUGAUUUAGGUUCCUCUCACAUUAAGGUUAUUGAAAUAUUUUUUUCAGAAAUAAGAGAGUGGAUGGUAAAGAGGCUGAUAUUAAUUUGAUUUACAAUUGCAUUUAGCAUUUUUCUUUUAAAGCCCUGCCAUUUAUAAUAGUGACCCUGGAACAGCUAUACUAAGAGCUUGCUUCUUUUAAAAAGGAUCUGAUUAAGUAAAGUUAAAGGUUCUAUUGUGGUGAAUACCUAACUCAGAUUUAUUUCUGGAUGCUUGUUUGUCUGGAUCUAGUUUAAAAGCAAACAAAGAAACACACCUACUUGGGGUGAAUUUCAACCAAAUUAAAAAAAAAAAUCCUCCAGAUUUCCAAACAUUCUUGUCCAUGAAGCAUUGCUUAAGUCCCCUAAAAAUGAGGAUUACAGCCUGGAUUCUGGUAAAAUCCUUCAAUUCUGCAAUAGUGGUUAUCUUUUGGGUCAUGAUUCAGAUCCCAACAAGAAAGACUGGUUCCUGGUCACUGGUUUGCUUUUAAAUUUUAGGUAGUAAUUUUUCUCUGCCUCACUAAUAUCGAUGGCAUUAGAAAUGAAAUCAUGCCACAUUCUUCUAGUUAGUAAUACUAUGAUACUUAUGGCAAAAUACUACUGGUGUCCGUAACAGUGAUUAUACCUGGAAGUGGCUAGACUAUGAACACUUGUGCAAAUUCACCCUCAAGUUUUAAGAAGCAGCUGCCCACCAGGUGAUUUUCUUUUCCUGAAUUUUAGUUAUUUGCUAUUGUCUUUCAGAAUUCUCCUCCUUUCAAUGAAAUAACUCACGAGAUCUUUAGUGCGGCCAAAAGUACUGUACAUUCACAGAGUUAUAUUUAUUCCUGCACUCAGUACUCCAAUGUUAACUGUUUUUACUUAGACAAAUAUAAAAGGCCAAAAAAGGGAAUCUUUUAAGGAAACAAAAUGUUCCAAUGUAAGUGAAAGAAAUUGACCCAGCACCUAUUUGGGAUGGCUUUGUAGCCCUGGAAAGAAGCUUAUUAGACGCAUGUUUGAAUUCAAACUUAAAGAGUCAUACUCUUCUUGUAUAAAAAUAUUGCAUGGCACGGUUGCCAUCUUCACAGUCUACUCACAUGAAAUCAGGGGAAGAGAGAAAUCUUCUGAAUACAGUAUUUCUUGACAGUGCAGUUCAACAGGGUACACACUGGGUACUUGUCUCUACUCCAUCUUUACAAAAUAAGAGCCCACAUGCAAUGCACACCUUACUGUACAACAAAUCUGUGUACCAGAAUUAUUCUGUUUUGGACAUUAGAUUUUUUUCCUUUCCUUUUUUUUUAACAUACAAUUAAUUAAGUUCACGAUAUUUUACA